AUGACGGAAAGCCACCAGGACAGCAAUGAUUGGAUAGAUGGACUGGUGUGGAACGCACCGCUCGGUGACAUUCUGAAAGGCGGGGACAUGUGUCUCAGGCAACUUGGCAUUCAUCUCGCAUCGCCGUCAGGUGCAGUCACAGGUAUCUUGGGAAGAGAAACCAUCCACAACAUCACAGAGUGGACGGACUUUGACUCUAAAAUGGAGAGGCGAAGCAGGAUUCCCGUGGUUCACACAAUCCAUGAGUCUAUACUCGUACGUCAAGAGGCUUUGCAGAACAUCGCGAAGCAAAAGAAGAGGUCGAGCCCAGAGCCUUUGGGGACUUCAGAGGAGGAGCCGAGGAAGCGUCAGCUUCAUGACACUUCCUCUGGCACGUAG